UUACCUUUAAUUUCCUCUCUCUUUCUAGUAACAACACAUAAAAACUACCUAAUUAUUCUCUCAAUUUUUCAAUGGAUCCAUCCCAUAUAAUUGCUUAUGCAAACUUCAGUUGUGAAAUAAAAAUAAUACAAGCUCGAAACGUUGAAUUCAUCAAGUCCACUAAACACUUGUUCGCUAGGUUGUAUGUUCCAACAGGAAACAACAAAAGAAUUCAACUCAACAGCAAAAAUGUUUGGGACAAGUCUUUUAAUCUUGAUUGUUCUUGCCCAGAAGAAUUCUUGGAAAACCUUAAUCAACAAAGCAUUGUGUUGGAGCUAAGGCAGAAGAAGAUGUGGGGCUCACAACUUAUUGGAAAAUGUGAGAUUCCAUGGAAGGUGAUUCUUCAAUCACAAAACAUGGAGUUAAAAAAAUGGUUGAAAAUGGAUUUGAAGAGUGGAAGUGAUAGCAAAGAGGUUAUGUUGACAACACCAGAAGUGGAAGUAGAGAUUAAAGUAAAAGUGUGUUCGGUUGCUGAGAUGGAGAAACAAAAUAACAAGAGGUUUAAUAAUUGGAAUGAGUGUGGAUGUAAAAAUGGGCAUGAUCAUAAUGCUUGGUGCAAUGCAGAAGACUGUGAUAUAUUUGCGCUUGGUGCAGCUUUGGAAGCUUUUUGAUUUUGAUGCAAGAUUAUGCUAUGAACAUAUAUAAACUAACAUCAACCUAAUUAACGUAUCAUUGUAUUGAAUAGAUUUUUUUGAUAAAGUUAUAAUAUAUUGAUU